GGGACGCAGGCGAAUUCGACAUGUUGACUCCUCCAGGCCACACAAAGCACUAUAGUGCCGAAUAAAGUGGUAAUUUUCAUUCACCGACCACUAGAACCAUCAUUAAAAAGUUUUAAAAUUGGACAUUUUUGCUUUCUGUCGCUAUGCCGAAUUUCUGCGCGGCUCUGCAUUGUACCCGGAUGAGCUCGCACUCUGUGUUAGCUUUCUUCAGGUUUCCGCGGGAUCCGGAGAGAUGUAAGAAGUGGGUGGAGAACUGCAGCCGCUCGGAUCUGAAGGACAAACCACCGGAACAUCUGAACAAGUACCACAGACUGUGCGCCCGACACUUCGAGCCAGAUCUCAUCUUAAAAACCAGCCCGUUCAGGACGGUUCUGAAGGACACUGCCAUACCGACCAUCUUCGACCAUCCCAUCAAGGGCAAGAGAACCAACGAGGAGGAGGAAGAUUCCGCCCCACAGCCGAAAGUGAAAAAAGUGGACGAGACCGUGGAGAAGGAUGACGACCCCGCCAAAGAGAGCGCCAACGGUCAGGAGGCCAGCACCGAACCCGCGGUCACGGACCAGGCCAAAGAGCAGCGCGAGUACCUGCACUCUCUGUUCGACGUGGUGCUCAUGAUGGGACGUCAGAACAUCCCACUGCAGGGCCACUCGGAGAGAGAUCAGACCAGUAAGGUCUUCACUCCCAGUAACGUCCGGGCCCUGCUGGAGCACCGCGUCGGCGCCGGAGACGCCGCCCUGCGCAGGCGGUCCGAGUCCACGCCGGUCGACCCCGAGUACUGCUCGGGGGCCGAGCUGGAGCGCGUCCUGGAGCUGGUGGAGAAGUGGGCUCGGGAGGACCUGCUCAGGGAGGUGAAGGAGGCGCGCUUCUUCUCUCUGGUCGCGGAGAACGUGGUGGAGAUCGGCGAGGAGAAGCACAUCCCCGCGCUGGUCCGCUUCGUGGAUCAGGAGAACUCCCUGCGCGAGGAGUUUCUGGGGUUCCUGGCGUUCGAGGGCGACGUGGAAACCAUCGCGGAGAAGCUGUGCGCCGAGGUGGGCGAGAAGUACGGCUUGGAUAUGGCGAACUGCCGGGGCCAGGCGUACUUCUGCGCCGGCGUGUACGCCGUGAAGGUCAAAGCCGUGGCUACGAAAAUCUGCGAGACGUACCCGCUAGCGGUGCUGACGCCGAGCGCCGGGCACGCGCUGAACAUCAGCCUGGCUAACGGUUUAAACAUGACCAGCGUUCAUCUGGUCAUGUCCACGCUCGAGAAGAUCGACGCCUUCUUCAGCAAGUCGCCGUCGUUGCAGGACCAGCUGGAGAGCGCCAUCGCUAUCUAUUACCAGGGCAACGACGAGAAAGGAAACGCCCUCAAGGAGGCUAGUCGCGCCGACUGGACGGAUCAGCACGACACUUUCGAGUUAGCCAUCGACCUGGUGGAGGCGCUGCUGCUCUGUAUGGACAGUAUCCACGACAACGAGGAGCAGAAAUGGAGCGACGAAAUCGCGCACGACGCCUUCGUCAUAUCCGAAGCCCUGUCCGACUUCGAGUUGGUCAUGGCGCUGGUGGUGCUGAAGAACACGCUGUCGUUCUCCAGAGCGUUCGGGAAGAACCUGCAGGGCCAGAGCGGCGAGGUCUUCUCGGCCGCCGCCAGCCUGACCGCCGUCCUGCACUCGCUCAACGAGGUUCUGGAGAACAUCGAGGUGUACCACGAGUUCUGGUUCGAGGAGGCCGUGAACCUGGCCGCCGCCCUGGAGAUUCCCGUCAAGAUCCCGCGCCUCUUCUUCCGAAAGCAGCGCCCCGACGCGGGCGAGGAGAUCCAGGCCGAGGCCUAUUACAAAAUCCACCUGACCUUCCCCAUCGUCACCUGCGUCAUCAAGGAGCUGAGCGACCUGUUCUCCGAGAACCUCGUCAACGCCCUGAAGUCCUUCUCGCUGGUGCCCGCCAUCAUGGCGCAGCUCAAGUACAACACGGAGGAGAACACGGCCGACAUGUACAAGGACGACCUCCCCAACCCCGACACGCUCCCCACCGAGCUCAACUGCUGGAAGAUCAAGUGGAAGCACGGCACCAAGAACGUCACGCUGCCCCCCACCGUCUACGAAACGCUCCAGCUGUCCGACGUCAAGUUCUUCCCCAACGUCUGCGCCCUCCUCAAAGUCCUGUACUCCCUCCCGGUCCUGUCGCUCGACCAGAAUCGGUGCAGCGACGCCAAGAAGCGCCUGGCGGGGUACCUGCAGGACACGCCCGCCAAACACAGGAACAAGAUCCUGGCCCUGGUGAACAUUACCUCUACAGUGGGGCUGGAUUUGGACUCCAUGGUGGAGGCGUAUCAGAAGGCGUAUCCUGAUAACGACCCGGAGGCGGAGGAACCUGCUUCAUGAGCGCAGCGUAGAGUAAUUCACCUCAUCAUCAGUGUUCAUCCGUACCUAAUGAUCAGUUUAGCUUUUUUUAUUAGAUCUUUGUGUAGUUUUCAUUGUCGUCUUUCAUUAGUGUUUUAUCCUGGUCAGGGUCCGGGCGCAAUGCAGUACACCCACACCCAGACAGGACAACAAUUGUGUAAAUAUUAUUCAAAAUAAAUCAUAAACAUUUUCAUCUUUAGGUUUGUUUGCUCUGCGUCUCAUUUCUCUUCUUCACUCUUGUUCCAUUGUACUUUUUUGAUCAAUAAAGGCAUGAAAACUUGA